CAAGCGGGGGGACGACACCUGCUGCAACCAUGUCGGACGAGGAUGAGAGCGGACCCUCGUCGAGGCCCAUGAUGGCGCCCAACAUCGUCGGAGGAGCCGUUGGGAACGUGGAGAGGAGAGACGAUGAGUACGAACCGUUUUGGCAGGCGGCUUCGAAUGCCGCUCAGCCGGCGCUCUCCUCGAUUCGUCGGCGACUGCCCCAUUUCUCCUCGCCGCCGCUUCGCAUCCAGCGCGUAUCGCAGCUUGACGCCGAGCUGCUCGACACAGAGCUGACAACAAUGCUCCUCGAGCCUCUCAAGGCUGCCCUGCGCAACAUCCGAGUCACGCUGCCCACCACACUCGAGCCGGAGCUGCUCCUGGUGCUGCGCCUGGCCCUUUACAAAUUUAGCAUCUUCGACCGUGGUGCCACGUACGGGGCCAUGCUGCAAAACCUGCGCUACCGCAACGAGUGGGCACAUCGAGGCGGGCUCCAGUCGACAUCGCGCGACGCACCGCUCUCGCGCUUCCAGCUCCUCGCCUUCCCCAGUCUCACCAUCGUCGCCCCCUACCUCCACACCAAGCUUGAGCGGACCAUGAGCAGGAUGAGCUACUCGGACAUGCCCAGCGACGACGUGCGGCGUAUCCUUUGGAAUGGUCUCGAUCGAGCCCAGCGCAUCUAUGCAGCGCUCACGCUGGCAAACUUCCUCGCCUUCCUUAGCGAUGGCAGAUACCGAACUUUGACCGACCGGGUGCUAGGGAUGCGGUUGACGUAUGCACAGAGGACGAUGAACCGAAACGUGUCGUUUGAGUUCCUCAACCGCCAGCUCGUCUGGCACGCCUUUACCGAGUUCUUGCUAUUCUUGCUGCCUCUGGUCAAACCUCGAAGGCUACUACGGAGAUUGUUGCGCCUCCCGACCCACCCCCUCGUCCUCUCCACCCUGCUGGCGGUGCUGCCGUCGUACGUGGCCUCGCGUGUGGGCCUCUCGCGCGACGAGGCAGGCAAGCCUCGCUUCCGUAUGCCUCUGGCUGGAUCAAAAGGAGUCAAGGAAAAGGAAGAGGAAGAACGUCGACAGCGAGCGCGGUAUGCCACACUGCCCGAGGGCGUCUGUGCAAUCUGCUGGGAACGCCUCGAGGCCCAGGCGGGCAUCAAGUCCCAAGGAACGGCCGCCCUGCGCGCAGGCAUCCCUUCAAGCGAUCCGCUCGACCCCUCGUCGACCUCCUCUUCCUCUUCUCCUUCUUCCUCCUCCUCUGCUGCUGCCUCUGCACCCAAUGGGGCAGCCAAGACGGCCAAGACGGCGGCAGCGCUGACGACAUCAACGAGCGCCUCGGGCUUGGCCUAUGCCGAUGCCCUGAUCCACACGUCGUACGAUGCCGAGCCGUGCGGCCACGCCUACUGCUACGUGUGCAUCGCAGACAAGCUUCUCUCCGAGGACGCGGCCGAAGAGCUUGCCGAUGGCGACGAGGCCAAUCCGGCCGCGUGGUCCUGCCUCCGAUGCGGAGCUGGCGUCAGGGGCGCAAAGAGAUCCGUCGUCGAUCAGGAAGAGGAUGCAGAGGCGGAGGGAGCAUGAGAGAAAGUGCCCAUGUACGACUAUACCUUUGCCCAUUUCCAUUCUCGUGUCCUUUGCAAUGGCAGUCUUUGAUAAUUCUGAUCCGUCCUUGAGGUGCGUGUCUCGAGGCACAGUCUGAUGGAGGAUACUGGAG